AAACCGAAACCGAAAUCGAAAACGAAAACCCUUGGCUUAAAAAAUAAUUCCUUAAGUUCGCGUCGCGUGUUUUCUGCCAUAUACUAUUUUUUAUACAUUUUUUUAUGGUUUAUAUAACAAAGUUUUGAAUUAAUUUCAUAUUUUUUAGCCGACACACGAAUUUGAAUUUAAAAUUGGACACAUACCAAAAGCGAUGUCAUAAUGGAGCCAAUGACCAUGCUGGUGUUGGCCUUCCAGCUGCUGGCGCUCUUCUCGAUCGCCGGCGCGCUGCUCAUCUACCUGAUCUGCAAGGUGCGCGAGGACAGCGCCUCGGCGAGUGCGGACUCGCAGCCCAGUCGCGUGGUCCUGGUGACCAGCGCCGAUACCGCCUUGGGCCUCCAGCUGUGCACCCAUUUGGCCAACAAGGGAUGCCGCGUCUUCGCCGGCAUGAAGGAGGCCCACGACUCGCUGCCCGCGAAACUCCUCUGCGGCUGGAUGAAGAUCCGGGAGUACAGCGAGGAGCCGAUUGCGGGCACCAUUAUACCGAUGCGACUGGAUGUCACGCGGGAGGAUGUGCUGCGCGAGGCCACCGUCUCGAUGGGCGCCCAUUUGAAUGCCGAUGAGCGGGGCAUUGCGGCCGUCAUCAACACCAGCGGCAGUGUGUUCCGCGGCAAGGUGGAGUCGCAGGAUGUGCAGCAGUGGGAGCACAUGCUCAAGACCAACAUCCUGGGCACGCUGCGUGUGGCCAAGGCCUUUGUGGGCUUCCUGCGUCCCACGCGCGGCAGGCUACUUUAUUUGGGCGGCGGCGGAGAGACCGCUCGGAGCGGCGGCGAUGGACUGGUGGCCUUCAAUGCCUCGCGCGUGGCGGUGGACAAGUGCGCCGAGGAGCUGCGCAAGGAGCUGCAGCCGUAUGGCGUCAGUGUGGUGGCUCUGGACACCUGCGGCAUGACGGCGGAGUCGCUGUACAAGGCGCCAGUGGCACAGACCAUUUCCUCAACUGCCGGAGCUCCCACGCAAUACACGGCCGACGUGCUGAGUCCCGGCGCCCUGCAGGUCAUCGAGCGGGCGCUGUGGGACUUUGCCCCGCAGCAGCGCUAUCCGCUCCUCAGCCACAACAAGUAUCAAUUCACGUUGCCAUGCCGCUCCUCGCUGCGUCUCCAAAGGGCGGUAGUUCCAUCCGCUGUCGGCGAAUCGGCCACUCAGUCGGUUUGAGAUCGGAUUCUCCUCCUGCUUCCAUUUCCUGUAUAUAUACUCCUGAUCCCGAUCCUUAUCCCGUUUCUCCAGGUCCCGUCUCUCUCCGUUUUUUAAUCUAUCUGCAAAUUAUUUUUGUUCGAUAAUAUUGCUUCCUUUAGGAAGGCCUCUAUAAUAUUUACUUUAUACUCGUUUUUUUACACACUGCUAAGGGUGUUGAUUGAUGGACAUUGUACGUAAUGUUGCGAUAUAUGAAAAAAUAAAUCUUUGUGCUAAUCUA